UUUCAGCUUCAUUCUGACCGAGUUCGGGCUGCUGCAGACAGAAAGGGGGAAGUGAGGGCAGGAGAAAGAAGACGAAGAAGACGAGGCGGCGGAGGCGGUUCUCCCACCGCGUGCCUGUCAUUUAGUGCAGCCGGGGCUCUUUUCCCUUCUCAAGCAUGAAAGCUUUCAGUCCCGUGCGAUCCGUCCGGAAAAACAGCCUCUCGGAACACAGCCUGGGUAUAUCCCGGAGCAAAACCCCGGUGGAUGACCCUAUGAGCCUGCUGUACAAUAUGAACGACUGCUAUUCGAAAUUGAAAGAGCUGGUGCCCAGCAUCCCUCAGAACAAGAAAGUGAGCAAAAUGGAAAUCCUGCAGCACGUCAUCGACUACAUUCUGGACCUGCAGAUCGCUCUGGACACGCACCCCAGUAUCGUCAGCCUCCAUCACCAGAGGCCGGGACAAAACCCUUCCUCCAGAACCCCUCUGACCACCUUAAACACGGACAUCAGUAUCUUGUCCUUACAGGCAGCUGAAUUUCCUUCAGAGUUAAUGUCAAAUGACAGCAAAGCACUUUGUGGCUAAAUGAGGCGGUGUUUGCUGAGUUUUUUUUUCUUUGCACAAGAAGAGACUUUUUUUGGCAAGAUGCUGAAUCUGAUUUUUUUUCAGUAUCUGGAGGGGAAAAUCCAUCUCUAAUUAAAUGGACAUUUAAAGGAAAUUGUGGACAUCAUCUUCCCUAUUCUACAACAUGGACUUAUUCUUAAUUAUUUAUGAAGAAACUUUUAAAUGCCCUUUCCCCAGUUGGAAGGCUUCAUUUAUAUACUAUUCCCACAGCAGGGAGCGAAAUGAAAUGUUUUUUUAAAAACUCUCAAAGGAAUUGCCCAUUUUAAAGCAGACUUUGCCUUUUUUUUCCUCCAAAAGGUGGAGCGUGAGUACUAGAAGGAUUUAGUGUUCAGUUUUUCAGUGAAGUCUUUGUCAAAAAUUAUCCUUUUUUGACACAAACCUAAGACUGAAUGCUGUGUAUAUAUUUAUAUAUAAAUAUGGGAAUGA